AUGUCGACUUUUAACUCGAGGGAAGCAGCUCUCACAGGCGUCAAUCUUCAAACAUUAAGAAUCGAGUCCGUUGGCCCUGAACGGAUUGAAGAAGCACAAUAUGCAGAAGUGGAAGCAGAAGAAGAAGACGAAGAUGACGAUGCCCUGAACAUUGAUGAUGAGCUUAGUGCAACAGUUGAGGAUGCAAGACAGAAGACCGAGAGGCAUAAUAUCGCAGAACAGAGCGGGCCCAGUUCCCAAAAGUUCCCAAUUGAUAUUAUUGAAGAUGCCGCUACAAAGAUGAAGAUAUCCCGAACCUGCGCACACUGUCGGAAAGAAGGGAAGAUCGCUGAUCUCUGCAUUUGUGCUGGAUGUGGAGGGAGACCAUAUCACAAAUUGUGCUGGCCACGCGCAGUCCUCCACCAGCCCGACGAUGGAUUCGAUACAUGCAAAAGUCCAACAGAGUUUACGGAAUAUAUAUGGAUUCAACAUCUCCUCUAUUCCAACACUAGUCGUGAGGAGCAGGCAACACUUCAUAGAAAGGACAUCUGGUCAACCUGGUUCGGUGUGCCUCAUGAGCAAGAAACGCCGAUGUUAUACAUCUACCCCAGAUUGCAGCUACUCAUCAGCGAAGCACAGGCUUUGAGAGACGAUGACAAAGAACUCGAACAAUUCCCAAGUCUAGUGUCAUUCUUUGGUGAUACUGGUGGCGGAAAAAGUACGAUAAUCAGAGCGUUGAUUCGCAACGCUUGUCUGGAGAGCAGCAAGCCAGGGUCGGUUCCUAUACCGGGAAACUCUAUUGACAGACACAAAUCGACAAGUGGAGAUGUACAUCUUUACUCCGACCCUGCCACCAUCGAUUCUAAAGUCCCGAUGUUUUAUGCAGACUGUGAGGGCUUGCGAGGGAGCGGAGUUUCUGCUGCAACUCGCAUUGCUGAGGGUGAUUUUAACUUCGGCUCAAGUUCGAAAAAGCUACUUCCACGACCGCCUUCCGACAACAAGGGUGGAAAACCAGCAAACUCUUCGAAAAGGCCCUCUGAAAAGCACACAAGACGCAGAAACCGGCGGUUCAACAAAGAAGCGUUGCUAAGAGAAGUUGCUGAUCACAAGGCCACAUCAAGUCGAAGACUGGAACUCCAAUGGGCUGGGACAACGACCUCUGGAAUAUUGGAACAUAAAACUACUGUUGUUGGACCGAACACUCGUCAGAUUAUCGUCAAGGAUCUCUAUCCUCGAUUGCUCUACACUUUUUCGGAUGUAGUUUGCUACAUUACAAACAAUCCAAGGGCUACAGAAGCUGAACUUCUACAUCUAUUCGAGUGGGCCUCAAGUGGCCAUGAACUAACUUUGAAUCAACGGGUUCGACCUGGACUUCUAAUAGUCGUGAACAAAGAUGUACCAUCAGCCAGUGAAGAUUGGCUUGAUGUCGAUUUUGCUACAAAGACUCUGCUCUCACAUCUGGAGCUUUCAUCAGCUUUUGCAGACUUGCGAAAGACAUGGCGAAAAAGGGGCAAGUCACUGAAAACUGCCGAGGAUCUGAUUCUCUGCUAUUACGACUCCUUCCGGAUCAUUUGUAUACCAAAUCUAGAUCAGAAGACAACACAUACCAUUGCUGUCCAGUACGACAAGCUUUACAAAGAAGUCAGACAAGCUAUUGAGAAGAUGCGGGUAAAAAAGAAAAGUGUCGGAAUGAAUUUGAAUGUUCAGAGCUUCAACAAAUACAUGGGAUAUGCCUUCGAGAGGCUCGCCAGGGACAGGACCAGCUCGAUUGAUUUCCAUUAUCUAGAAAGCAAGGAUGCUACGCGGCCACGGAGAUUUCACGAACACAUGUUGGCUCUGAUGAUUUCGCUGAAAGAAGAAGAAGAGCGAAACAGUCCCGAAUCCAUUGCAGAUCAAGAGACGCUCGUAACGAAUUUGGUUCCAUUCAUGGCCAAUGUUAUCGCAUCUGAUGUUCGUGGGAGGAAAGUAUCAUCCGAAGAGGAAAAGCUGCUGAUUGAUCGCCGACUUCGGGAAUGCAGACACACAUUAGAGAGAUUCCGAGAGAAAGCUUGGCGCUGCGAAGCCACAAGUGGAAAACGUCGCUGCCGUAAUUACUGGCAGGGUCAUGAAAAGGGGCAUCAAUUUUCCUCAUCGGGACGUCGUAGACACUCCUCGCGGCCGUCUGAUAGUUCGGGAGAGGAAUCUCUCCUAGUUGGAGACUUUCAGUGCUCGUUCGACCAGGAAGCCGUGGAAAUAGCAAUGCAUCAAGGAAUUAGGCGUUUGCUCAAGAAAGUAGAGGACCUCAACGGUAACUUGGCCGAGUGUGCCCAAGACAGUGGAGUAGCACAAAUAUCAAGUUACAUAACUUGUUAUGGUUGUCUUCGAAGAUGCCCCAUCUUCAUUCUGCCAUGUCAGGAUAUCCAACAUGCGUUCUGCCAACCGUGUCUCAAAGGGUUCCACCAUGAGACUGGACGUGGAGAAUCGACAUUGUUCUUGAGAGGAUGUCCAUUGGGCUGUCGUUUCAAGAAUGGCACACCUUGGCACAUUCGUGUGAAAUCUCGACUGGCGGGUGCACGACUUCUAUCCUUAGACGGGGGCGGAAUUCGUGGGAUAAUCGAGCUUUGCAUCCUGAAGCAAAUUGUGGCUGAAGUGGGCUUUGGUAUUCCAAUCCAAGAAUUGUUUGACAUAGCAUUCGGCACCAGCACAGGUGGCAUCAUAGCUCUCGGCCUCUUCAAGAACAACUGGUCCAUAGACACGGCAAUAACUGAGUUUGAGAGAUUUGCGGAGGCUGCAUUCUCGAAACGGAUGUGGCUUAAGGUUCCUAUGUUUCGUCAUACGGCGCAGUUACUCUACUCUUACAGGUUCAAGAGCGAGGGUAUCGAUUCAGCGUUGCAGCAAGCAUUUGGCAAAGGCCCGCUUUUCGGCUACAAUCAGUCUUCCUCGCCAGAUAUUGUGAAGGUAGGAGUUGUCGCAGGUGUCUUGGGGGAGAGACAGCCAUACAUCUUCACGAAUUACUCCAGAGACGUGCAAGGCACAGGUCCCGACUACCUCGUGAGAGAGGAAAAUCCAGCUGAUGAGCUGAAGAUCUGGGAAGCUGCUCGUUGUACAUCUGCAGCUCCCACAUAUUUCGAACCAUACUUCCAUGACCAGACCAAAAAGGAUUACAUCGAUGGAGCUCUGAUGCGUAACAAUCCAGUCCAGAUAAUCGAAGAAGAGCGUCGCAUGGUAUGGACAGAUGGUCGGCCACUGGAUAUCGUCCUCUCCAUCGGUACAGGAGUCCAAGCGAAUUCAGAAGGAGCCGCAAAGCUCGGCGGCAAAGCUUUCAAUCUAGCCAAGAAGCUUGUCCCGAAAGGAUUGAAAGGCAAGAUCGCUGUUGGUCUGGACAUGAUCCAAAGUACCCUAGACUGUGAGAAACAGUGGAAAGACUUCAUCUCCGCAACCGACACCAAAACACGCCGCGUCUGCCACCGCAUCAACGUAGGUCUAUACGAACGACCACCCAACCUCGACGACGUCUCGAAACUCCCCCUCUUGAAAUGGGAAGCGGAUAAAUAUCUCCAGCCGCGCGGAACCAAUACGUACAUCUACCCUCCCUACAACUCCGCGCACGCCCACAUCACCGCCGUCGCCCGCCGCCUCCUAGCCGCGCUCUUCUACUUCGAAGAAGACGAGGACUCCGUCGAGCAGCGCGGGCCCUCAUGGACGGGACGGAUCCACUGCCGCCUCAGCUCUUCCAUGACAGAGCAAUUUGGACGGCUGUCUCGGUCUGGACGUCCGGAGUUUAGACUUCGUCAAUUGGGCAAAGGGGGUGAGAUUUCGGUGGCACCGCUAGCGACGGAUUUUGAUCUGAAGACGUUUUCGAGUAAGGUUAGCUUUGAGGCGGAGACGGAGGAGUUGGUUAUUGAGGUUAAGAUGCAUAGGUGGCCUGGGUGGGAGAGGAUUAGUGGACGGCAUCAGUUGUGAUUGUGGAUUGUUGUAUA